AGAAGCAUAAUUCCAAUGUUAUUGAGACAGUUAAAGAGUUUGUCCAGCGGGGGCGAGCGCGGGAAUAGGCCAGGGGAGAACGGAAUAUAUCGAAGUAUUUCUGAGAGAAAGGGAGAAAUUGCUUUGUUUAAGGUGAAGAUGGCCAAGCGUGGAGCAGCAACAGAACUAAACCAGGACAACUGGGCAGAGGAGGAGGAGCCAGAAGAGUUUGGGACAUUCAGACAAGCCUCUUCAGAUCAGCUGGCCACACGACAGAUCAAGAAGGCCCGUAGACGAGGGAUGGUUGGUGAGGCGCCCUCAGGUCCUAGCAUCUUUAAAACUCUUGGUGGAUUUUCAGCCUUUGGCGGAAGCACAAAUUCAUCGAGUCAGCCUUCCUUUAGUUUUCUGGAUUCCAAUUCUACAAGUGAUUCCACAAAGAAACCCUCCUUUGACUUCCUUAGCAAAACUAAUUCAGAUAGUGUUAAAACUGUUAGUGAUUCAAAUGAAAAGAAAAAUACACAGCCUUUCAAACUUACACAGGACUCGGGACUAAUGGUUAAUAAAAGUGUAGACACACCCAAAACAAAUGGUGUAUCAUCAUCAUCUAAAACUUCCUCAAGCAAGUUGUUCCUAGCUAAUCUUAAAGCACUAAAUGAAGGUGUACUUCAGUGGGUUAAACAGCACCUUGAUAAGAAUCCUCAUGUAAAUUUGGCACCAGUUUUUGAUGAUUACAAGAAACAUUUUGAAGAAUUAAAAAAGAAAUAUCCACCUGAAACUGAAAGUGAGAAUGACAGUGAUGCUGGAGUUGUAGGAACAAUGCUGAGAAGAAUAGAGCAAGUGAAAAGGAAAAUAAACCAAUUUUUGGACAGGAUAACUCAACAAAGUCUCUCAGCUUUGGCAGCUCAUCAGCAUCAUCAACAAAAGAUAAGGCUCCUGAAGCAAGUAAACCAGCUUUUAACUUUGGAAGUGCUGUCAGUACAUCACCAGAAAAGAGUACAGAGUCUAGUAAGCCCCUCUUUAGCUUUGGAACAACUACAACAACAACAACAGAAAAAACAGUAGAAUCAAGCAAGAAGCUCUUCAGUUUUAGUUCAACAGAAAAAACCUCGGACACAAGUAAACCUCUCUUUAGCUUUGGGAAUUCAGCUGCCAGCACAAAGGAGACAAAUGAUGAGGGAGAGAAAAAAACCAGCAUUUUCCUUUGGAGUCUUUGAUUCAGGCAAGAAAUCACCUUUAAAAAGUGGUGGCUUCAGCUUUGCUGGUGCUACCCCAGCAGCAACAUCUGAAACACCCGCUGAUGCUGGAAAGAAAGACGAGAAUGAGCCAACUGAUGAGCCACCCAAAGUCGAGGUUAAUGAGGUCAAAGAAGAUGAUGCCCUAUAUGAGAAGAAAUGCAAAUUAUUUUAUAUGAAUGAUGGAUCCUUUGUGGAAAAGGGAGUUGGCACAUUGUUCCUGAAACCAGCAGGAGAGAAAACCCAGCUUUUAGUGAGGGCAUUCACCAAUUUGGGCAACAUUCUGUUAAAUAUUAUCCUUAACAAGUCAAUCCCCACCAUUCGGGCUGGAAAGAACGGGGUGAUCAUUGCUUGUAUACCCAACCCUCCACUAGAUGGAAAGUCAGACUCUAAAGAGCCAGUUAAGAUGCUGAUACGGGUUAAAACCUCAGACGAUGCUGAUGAGCUGCUUGAAAAAAUUAAUGACCUCAAGAAGUAAGAACUAUAUGUCCUAAAUUAGCUUUUUGGUGUCCAAAUUGAGAUUACAUAUGAGUUGUAUAUGGUUCCUGUUGUGAAGGUGGCCCCACUUGCAUGUGGGGUACUUUGUCUCUUGUCUUGGAACUACUCCUAAUUUUAAUGUGCCGUAGCCAGGGAAUUGGUUCAAGCUGGUUUGGCAAAUAUACAUGUUUAAUGGAUCCAUAUGAUUUUUUUACUUUUUUUUCUUUAUUUUCUUUUUCCUUUUCAUUUGCUCAUUAUUACAAAUGGUAACUGGCACUAUGAUAUCCUAUAACGCCAGUAGACAUGAGAUGACAUAUUCAAGAAAAUAUGCUGUUGUGAAAGUGUAAUAGUGUGUGUUGGUGUACUUGUGAGUGAUAGGAUUUGUCAACACUACUAUAUUCCAUUUUCUUCAUUUUUAUGACUGGUUUCUGAUAACAGCAUGUUCUUUUUUUCAUUAACUAAAAGGUUAAUCAGUUGAUAUUUUUCUAAUUAAUGUAGUACAAUGUGUAUUAUUAAAUUUUUAUUAUUACCAUCAUUAGUCUCAUUAUUAUUUUUAUUAUUGUUAUAAUUUUGUGAUAUCCCUUUGCGAUUCCCUCAAAGCUUUUCCCCCCAAAAAAAUCAUCACAGCAAAAUGUCAAAGACUUCAUCCACAUAUAGUGGAAAGUGCUUGAUAUAUGAAUAGAAUAAUUGUGUUAAAUGAAAAAAGGAAAUUUUUUGGCUGGAUCAAACAUUGUGCAUUUCUAUCCAGCCAUAUACUACAGUGCUAAAAUUAUUGGGAAAGAUUUUUCAUUGCUUUAAAGAUCUUUUUGUUUUAGGAAAUGUUUGCAAUAUUUCAUAUGGAAUGUGUUUUGUUUCACUUUUCUUUUGCUUGCAUCAUCUUCCAUGAUGUUCAACACACUUACAUUGGAAAUUAAUGAAACUCAAUGAAAGUUCUGGAAUAGGGAAAAUAUAUGUAUUGUACCAGGGUAUUCACAUACAGUAAGUCUUGCUCAAGAAGGGCAUGUUUACAAGUUCUUUUUGCUUUACUUUUUUAUUUUGUAAAUUUAUUUUUAUUAUUAUUUUAUAAUACUCUGGCAUAGUAAUACUGAUUUUAUCAAUAAAGUUUAUGGUUGAUUUAUAAU